AUGGAGCAACACGACGACUUCGACAAUGUUUCCUGGAAGCACGACGCAGGAAGCGAUGCCUCUCGGCCGACGACUUCCGGCACCGAUGCGGAAGAGCAACAUACACAUGGUAACGAUGCCAAUGGCAAGCAGAGAAUGAGCUCAGCCCAUGAGGAACCCCAGGCUGGCCCGCUAGCCGACCCUAUCGACCUGGCAGGCAUCGGAGACGGCGUGCUCGAAUGCACCGUCGACAGCCCUCUGAAGGAGAACGACGGAACAAAAGACGCAUAUAUCUCUUACUUGGUGACAACACAUACCGAUUUCAAGUCAUUUCAAAGUCCUGAAGUCAAAGUGCGUCGGCGCUUCACCGAUUUCUACUUCCUUUACAAGACCCUUUACCGUGAAUACCCAGCAUCUGCCGUUCCGCCAUUGCCAGACAAGCACAAGAUGGAGUAUGUGCGAGGAGACCGGUUCGGCUCGGAGUUCACUACCCGACGUGCUUGGUCACUGCACCGCUUCCUCAAGCGACUGACUCUACACCCUGUUCUACGAAGAGCGCCCCUUCUCACGAUCUUCCUGGAAUCGCCGGACUGGAAUGCGCAUAUGCGAUUACACACCACGCGCGGGUCAACCAAUACGAGUUCCGACACUGCGUCGACCAAGAUCUUCGAUAACUUCACAGACACAUUUGUUAAUGCCUUUACAAAGGUGAAUAAGCCGGACCGCCGGUUUAUCGAAGUCAAAGAGAAGGCGGAUAAACUGGAUGAAGACCUGACUCAUGUGGAGAAGACCGUGGCGCGGGUCGCGCGGCGUGAAACUGAUCUGGAAAGCGAUUACGCAGAGUUGGCAACGCAGUUUCGUAAGCUCGUCCCUCUAGAGCCAGCAGUCGAGGUACCAUUACAGGUAUUCGCAGCAUCCGUUGAGGAAACUGCACGAGGUAUGAAGGGUCUAAAGGAUCAUACCGACCAAAACUAUCUUGGCUCCCUGCGCGACAUGGAGGCGUACAUCUCGUCUGUCAAAUCCCUCUUGAAGACACGCGAGCAGAAACAGCUUGAUUUUGAAGCCUUAGUCGAAUACCGCAACAAAGCUGUCGCCGAGCGAGACUCGCUGACUGCUAAUCCUGCCGCCUACUACGCCUCAAACCCGCUCACAUCGUCUCCCGCCUCUUUUAUCCGCUCGAAAAUGGAGGACAUGCGCGGUGUUGACCAUGAGCAAUCGCGACGGGAGCGCGUUCGCAAACUUGAACUGCGGAUUGAUGAACUUACCCGCGAGGUAGAAAACGCAAGGACAACGUCCGAGAUGUUUGACGAGGAAGUUAUGCGCGAAGUAGCCGAUUUCGAGCGUAUCAAGGCGGUCGAGUUCCGUGACUCGCUAGGUAACCUUGCAGAAUCGCAUGUCGGGUUUUACCAAGGCGUUCUGUCUACUUGGGAGCGGUUUAUUGCCGAAAUGGAGGGAGACCCCGAGUAUGUACCGGAGGAGUCACUAACUCUGGGUGCUCGGUAG